AUGGGCACCUCUACAGCUGCUUGCGACGAUGCUCAUGGACAUUACAAGGCCUUCAGCCCCACAAAACCCAAGAAAAAUAGCUGGAGGUCUGCCAUUUUCAUCAUUUUUGUGGAAGUAGCGCAGCGAUUUGCAUACUAUGGAGUAUCAGGGAAUCUGAUAAGUUACCUUAACAAUGUGCUAGGCAUGCCAAUAUCUGCUGCUGCUAAGAGUGUGAAUGUUUGGCAUGGAGUUUCUGCAUUAUUUCCGCUGCUGGGUGCUUUCAUUGCUGAUUCCUAUCUUGGCCGUUUCAAAACUAUUAUUUUCUCCUCUAUUAUAUAUCUCAUGGGACUUGUUCUGUUAACAGUAUCAGUAUCAGCAAUUUCACUAGUCCAUCGCAAACCUAUAUUCUUUUUAGCACUUUACAUACUAAGUGUGGGAGAAGGCGGCCACAAACCAUGUGUUCAAACAUUUGCUGCUGAUCAAUUCGAUGAAAAUGUCCCCGAGGAGAAGUUGGCAAAGAGUUCAUUCUUCAAUUGGUGGUACUUGGGAAUCGUCAUCGGAUCCACUGCAGCUGUUUUGGUUGUGAUCUAUGUACAAGAUAAUAUUGGUUGGGCCAUCGGGUUUGGAAUGCCAACUGUAGCUGUUGCUGGUGCACUUUUGGUGUUUUUAAUAGGACAAAGAACAUAUCGACGAUCUGUGCCUGUAGGCAGCCCAUUCACUCGAAUGAUGCAAGUUGUGGUUGCUGCUGUUAGAAAACGUAAUGUUCCUGAAAUGCAUGAUGCUCAAGGUUUAUGUUACGAGGAUGAGGAUUGUUGUUCUCCAGCAUUGGCUCGUACCAAUCAAUUCAAAUUCUUGGACAAGGCCAUGAUAAUUGAUCAGGAAGAUGCUUUGAACCAGAAAAGAAACAAAUGGAGGCUAUGUUCUGUCAAUCAAGUUGAAGAAGUGAAGCUGGUUUUUCGGCUAUUCCCUAUCUGGAUAGGUACUUUCAUGUUUAAUGUUGCUAUUGCACAACAAGGCACAUAUUUUACCAAACAAGGCAGCACAAUGACUAGGGACUUCAAUGUUCCUCCCGCGACAUUACAAGUCAUCACCGGCCUCACAAUCCUCACUGCUGUUGCGAUCUAUGAUCGUUUACUCGUUCCAUUUGCGCGGAAAUGGACCAAGCAUCCCUCAGGAAUCACAAUGCUGCAAAGAUUGGGGGUCGGGAUUUUUCUGUCUAUGAUCACAAUGGCAGUAGCAGCUCUAGUAGAGGCUAAAAGGGUCGGCAUAGCAAAAAAACAUGGUUUACACGAUGCACCAGAAGCAGUAGUCCCAAUGUCGAUUUGGUGGUUGGUUCCACAAUACAUGCUUAAUGGACUUACGGACGUGUUUGGGGUGGUGGGAAUGCAAGAACUUUUUUAUGAUCAGGUGGCAGAGGAGAUGAGAAGUAUGGGAGCAGCAUUCUAUAUCAGCACAACGGGGGUUGGGAGCUUUAUGAGCAGUGGUGUUAUAUCAGCUGUGCAGGCUAUUAGCUCAAGAUACGGUAAAGGGGAAAGAUGGCUAUCUGGGAAUAAUCUUAACAGAGCUCAUCUUGAUUAUUUCUAUUGGGUUUUGGCUGGAUUGUGUGGCUUAAGUCUGUGCUUCUACAUUUGGGUUGCUAGGAGAUUUGUUUACAAGAAGAUUGAAUGUGAAAAUGACGCAGAGGCUUAAGUUAAAUUACUUUAGAGUUAUAGUUAAUUUCAUAAGCAACUAGUCUAUAAACUUCUAGUUAGUCAUGUUUUCAUUUUGCUGCAUGUACCCAGGUAAAUUGAUCACUCUGCAAUGAGGAUUUUAUGA